GAUGAGACCGGCGAAGCAUCGCCGAGCAAUUGAUUUCUGCUGCACAUAUAUCAUCGCCCUCAUUGUGGCCGCAGACAUUGUGCUAGUAGCAAUUUAUCAACAUUGUUAAGAGGGAUUGAAGAUGGUCUACAAAUCACCCUUUCCACUACUGGACAUUCCAGAAACCAACAUUCUCUCUUAUGUCUUUCCCGACGACCAGACACCGUCGAAUAAACCCAUAUGGAUAGAUGCCCAAGACCCUACAAAAUCUUUAUCAUCCAGCCAGGCUUUGGAAUGGAUCAAACGUCUAGGCUCAUUCCUGGAGCAUCAGCGGAUCCCUAAGGGCGAGGUGGUCAUGAUCCUGACCCCGAACCACAUCUUCGUUCCUGUCGCCUACUUGGGCAUUGUCGGUGCAGGAAGGGUGUUUAGUGGUGCAAACCCCAUCUACACUAGUACUGAGAUUGAGCAUCAGAUCAGGAACACUGGGACUAGGUUGAUCCUCGUUCAUCCUUCUUUGGUUGGAACGGCAGUCGAAGCUGCUCGCAAGGCGGGUUUGGGGAAGGACAGCAUCUUCCAGUUUUCAGAUCAUCCUUGUCAACCUUUUCAGGGCGUUCAAGACUGGCGGGAUGUCGCUGUCGACGCCGACCGCUUCUCCUGUGAUCAGCUGGGAGAAACUUCGAGACGUACACUGGCAACGAUCAAUUAUUCAUCUGGCACCACUGGACUACCUAAAGGAGUUUGCGUUUCACAUUAUAACAUUAUUGCCAAUUCAGAGCAAACUAUCUUCAUACGGGACCAGGAACAGCCUUACCAGCCGUCGGCAAGGCCUGAAGAGCGCUGGCUUGGAUUUCUUCCACUCUAUCAUGCAUAUGGACAACUCUAUAUGUGUGUCAUGGCACCGAGAAUGUCAAUACCAGUGUACAUCAUGCAAAAGUUUGUAUACGAGGACUUCCUUAAUUGCAUCCAGAAAUAUCGCAUUACUCAUCUCCAGGCAGCGCCACCAAUCCUGGUAAUGCUGGAUAAAAGACCGGAAACAUCGAAAUACGACCUAAGUAGCGUCAAGAACAUCCUGUGCGGUGCUGCGCCACUUUCUAAAGAGCUCCAGAAUGCGGUAUCAAAAAGGUUUAAGGUCAAUAUCAUUCAAGGCUGGGGCAUGACGGAAGUGACUUGCGGUGCUGUUCACGUUCCAGGAGGACGCGUGGAUGAUUCCGGAAGUGUUGGAGUUCUCGAUCCGAAUUGCGAAUGCAAACUUCUUGACGAUGACGGCAAGGAGGUUGCAGCUGGGGAACCCGGAGAGAUGCACGUGAAGGGGCCUCAGAUAUGCUUAGGCUACUGGAAAAAUGCCUCGGCGACAAAGGAAACACUUGACGACGAGGGAUGGCUGAAGACGGGAGACAUUGCUGUGGUUAGAAAGGACUGGUUUUGGAUCGUGGAUCGCAAAAAAGAGCUCAUCAAGGUGAAUGCCCUUCAGGUCGCACCAGCUGAGCUGGAGGCUGUCCUGCUCGAACACGAAAGUAUCGCAGAUGCAGCAGUUGUCGGGAUCACCCUGAACAACGAGGAAUGGCCUCGGGCAUACGUGACGCUGAAGGACGAUAGCAAGGGCAAGAUUACGGAGGAGCAUAUCCAAGAAUGGAUGAAAGACCGAGUUGCGAAGCAUAAGCGGUUAGUGGGUGGAAUCAGGUUCAUUGACGAGGUACCGAAAUUGGCGAGCGGGAAAAUUCAACGGAAGGUAAUGAGAGACUGGGCUAAGCGGGAUGCGCAAGAGAUGCAGGGCUCGCUGAAAGCUAGGCUAUAGGCAGAGAAAUUCAUCCGGUAGGGAGAAGUGCGUCGUACC